CUGCAUCCUACCUCCUCCCCCCCUCACGCCCGUCUGCCUCUGCUUCGUCCCCCUUCGCCAGCUCUGGACGGCGGUGCAAAACUCGACUCAUUGGAAUGCGUGACUUCUAACCGGUCGGAACGUCCUGCUCGUCCGCCUGAGCGAUCCUCGACCGGAAUUCCAGCCUCCCCCUCUUCCAGACUCUACCUUGAAUCAACCCUGAACUCGACCCGGACCACGGAGCAGCCCCCGGAUUUUCGAUCGAGAUCCUUUCUAUAAGGCUACGGAUCUCUUUUUGAAGGUCGCUUGGGCUUCGGCCAUCCUCCUCUCAUCCUCCGCCACCCCCCUCCUCUCUCCGUCUCUCUCCCUCGAGACUUUCCCAUGUCUGAUCGCGCCUCGGCGUCUUUCCGACUUGAGCCUCCGUCACCGUCGUCUCCCGCCGCCGGGUCUCUCAAAGAGAACCAUUCCUCCUUCAUCCCCUCCGAACCAACUCCCCAGACCCCGACAUCCCCUCCGUUGAUGUCGGUAGGCGCUCAGAAUUAUGCCUCCAAUUUCGCAUCCUCGCAAGCAUCACCUAGCCAGGCAACGUCUCAACCCGCGAACCUCUCCUCACCUCCUUCCUCGGCCCCGAUGUCCACUCAGGCCUCGCAACAGCCUACACUAGGUGUGACCAAUUCGUUUCCCACGCCCGCCAGCAGCGUGAGUGGCCACUUCACCGGCGCCACCUCGGGCGACGAUCCCGAUCAUCCAGACAAAUCCGGGGUCUCGUCGGCUUCCACUCAGCACGCAGAACAUAGACGGACCGAUCAUGAUCGGCAGCCAGGUGAUGCAAUGAUGGAAUCGGGCAUGCGCGACACCACCCACUCGGGCGACCCGAACUUAUCCAGAUAUGGCGACGGCGCUAUGGACGUUGACACGGAGCCGGGAGUCCCGUCCAAUCCGGAUGAAUUCAGUUUAGAUUCGCUGCAGAAGGAAUUUGCAUCGGCCUAUCAUCUUUGCAAAAGCUCCCAUAUCGCGACUGGUCCAGACCCAUCACUAGAUCUGGUUUCUUUAUACGGGCUAGGUCCGGUUGCGAAAUCGGUGGCAAGGAUGGAUCCGGUGACUGGCGAAAAGAUUAACAGACUCAGGAAAUCCUACGAAGGAAAGCUCAAGGGGCUCGGUCUGGCUGGAAGAAACAAAGCCGUGAAAGCUGACCCGACCUCAACCAGCACACUACGGCAUUUGACGAUGUGGCCGGAAGACGAAUGGCAAAACCAGAAGGUCCACGGGAAGGAGAUCAAGAUGGCGGACAUGGACUCGGCGCUACAGAAACUCCACAUGAAGGCGAUGCACAUGGAACCCGGACCGAUACCGAACAGUGAACAGUGGGAGGAUGUGUUAGGACAUGAGAAACCAUCGAAACAUGCCGGCAGCGGGGAGGGUAGCAGCAAGAAGGCGGGUGCACUUCCGAACAAUGCUCGAGGACCUCCUACUCAACCCAACGGAACUCCUACCGCGGCGACGGCCUCUGACGCGGACCGGUCCCGACCCAGUCGAGGUCGCAAGAGACAUUACGACGAGAACAGCUUUGUUGGAUACGGCGAAGGCUACGCAGAUGACGAUGAUGACGGCGCAUUCUACUCCAACAGCGAGGGCAUGGGGAAGAAGAAGCGGAAGAAGGAACAUGUUUCGAAAAUCGGCACGCCUCUACCCGAUCGAGGAGGAAGCUAUGGCAUUGGCAUGUAUGGGAUUGGGGCGAGGUAACCCAAAAAGAAAAGAAAACAUGAGAUUUGAGAAUUGAACCUUCAAAUCCAUCUUUUUCUCUGCUGGAUCUUUUU